AAAUACAGUAAUUCAACCUAAUUAUUCAAUUAUAAUUAAACCACGAAAACGAAUUCCAAGAAUAUUUAGCAUCAUUCCCUGUUUUUCAUUGGCUGGCUUUGAUGUAAACCAUCCAAUAAGCUAAGUGCUUCGUGAUAAAGCUGAAUUCUUCAGAGCAGCUAAUGUUACAAUCGAACGUGCCAACAACAGAAACAGUGCGAUAAAUUUUUACAAUAUUUUCUUUUGAGAUAUUAGUUAUAACUAUCCUUUUUGAAAAUGACCCGAGCACUGAAAGAGAACGAUCUAUUGGAAUUGUCGAAGUUGUACGAGACAGAGUUUAAUCAGCCUGAUCUUCACGACAGAAUUUUAGUGUUUGAUGUUGUCUCUUCUUUGUCGCUCGGCGAUGUCGAAGCAGAUGACGAAGAAAGCGCAGAAAUCAACAACAAACAGAGUGAUAUUGAACGGGAAAGCGUCGCAGACGAAAUUGAGGGCAACGAAACAAGCACGGAUGAUCAAAAUGAAGCCGGAAGCGAUGAUUGCGAAAUCAUUGCGAAAUAUGAAAAUGGUGGACAAAAAGGAACUAAGAUCAAUACUGAGGCUGGGAUUGUCAUUGAGACAAUAGAAUCCAAUCUAAAUGAAAAAUCGAGAUCGAAUGUUUGUAGUCACAAGGAAACUGAAAACACAGGAAUUUAUGAAGCAAAUAAUCAUCCUGAAUCUGAAAUUCCCAGCAACCAAAAUGGAAACUUCAAGAAGACAUCCAGUGAGGAUCACAUUGACAGAGCUUUCAAUCCUUCCAGCAAGAAAUUCAUUCGACAACAUCAAUUCUACAUCCACAGCUCGUGGUUGGCCCUAAAUAGCUCAUAUUUUCGUUCCUUGCUUUUUGGUGGAAUGAAGGAAUCAAAUUCCACAGAAGUUCACAUUCAGAUCACAGUAAGCGAGGAGCAAGCUCAUUUGAUGUUAUUUGAAGCAAUGUACAAGAUUGAUAUUUUAGACAAAGCUAGUGUUGAUGAACUUCUUGAGGUUUUGAAACUUUCUCAGAAAUAUGACGUGAAAUUUGUCUUUAAAAAAAGCAAGUAUUGUUUACAGGCUGCCGUGGAUUCCCUUGACACCUGCAAGCAGAUUAUGAAAUUUAUCAAAGUUGAUAACAUCAUCAUAGAUGUUGAAGAUCUUGCCAGCACACUACAGUCCUUUCUUGCAAAAGAAUUCAGCCCAUUAGAUAAAACAUGGCAGACAACAAGCUUCAAAGAACUAUCUGAGCCUUCAGUGAGAUACCUUCUAAGCAGUGAUGAACUGGUUGCACACAGGGAAAACACCAUCUUUCAUGCCUUGGUUUUUUGGAUUCAGCAAACAGGAAUUGACAAAGUCUUAAACUGUCAAAAGCUCCCGUCAUUGUUGUCAGUUGUGAGAUUUGAGUUGAUCCCUAUUGAUUACUUGUACAACAUUGUGCAACAUGAUUCUGUUGCAAAGAUGUUCACAGAUUUCAAUGAGUUAUAUCUAAGAGGGAUCACUUAUCAUGCAUUGCCUUCUGACAUUCUACAAACCCUGCCAAGUCAAUCCCCACGAAAAACACCAGAUUCACAAGAUAUGGUGCCGUACACAUGGGUUAUACCAGAACAGAAACUGUAUAACCUAGCUGAAACUGAACAGGAACUAAAAUCACAUGAAUUUUUUUACUGUGGCUAUGAAAUGAUUUUUACCAUCAAUAGUGUGAAAACGGCUGAUAAAAGAUAUUUGGGAAAUUGUACUGCAGCAGUCAGUGCAACCCUUUCUUUGGAAAUUGUGAAUCUCAAACAACACAGUGCUGUUACCAUUUCAUGGCAACCACAGAGUAAUGCUUUUCAGUGCAACCCAAAUAAACACAUAUUCAAAUAUGAUCAUUGUGUACAAUCAUCAUUGAUUUCAACAAUCAAACUUUUCAGUAAAUUGGAAAUUAAAUCACCAUCAAGUUUUGUGCCAGCUACAAGUACAUCACUUUUUGGUUCAACUUCAGUUCCUGCAUUUAGCUUUGGAGUACAGGGUCCUAGCACAGCACCCAUAUUUUCUAGUAGCACUGAAUCUACCAUAAAUGACACCUUGUCCAUUGCCAUAAAAAUGAGACUGUAAUAAACUGUGCACAUGCUUUGUUAUGUGAUGAACAUUAGGAAAUGUAUACUUUUUAAUUUAAACUGAAUGUUAUUGUGGACAUAGUCUCUAGAACAAUUAGAAUUUAUGAUCGAACCACUGUAUUAAAAUGAUUUACAAUACAAAUUCCAAUAAAUCCAGAAUUCUAGUGAUAAUUCUACUUGGGCAAGAUAUUCGAAGGUUGUUUUAUUCUGCUAUUUUCUUUUCAUUCAUUGUUCAACCAAAAAUCCCACAAUGGAUAUUUAAAAACCCAUUUACACUAUGCAAUUUGUCGU